GAUCGAAUUCUGGAUCUCCUAAAGGAACUGCAGAGAUUUCCUGUGACAGUCCCCCUCCUUCGGAGCACAAAGAUUGGGGUCACUGUAAACAAGUUAAAGAAGUACAACAAGGACCACCACAUUGUAGAACUUGCCAAAAUCAUCAUCAGAGAAUGGAAAAAACUACUAGAAUCUUCAUACAAAGGUAAUGGUACCUCUGUUCCCAUGGUCAAGCAUUCUCUUGCCAAGACUGAGCCUGCAAGCAAGCAUCCUUCUUCCGCACAUAAGAAGCCACAUCUAACCAAAGAAAGUGCUUCUUCUGAUGUCCCCCGAUCUCCAAGAGUGCAAUCUCCUGUAAAGGAUCCAAAACAAAAAAAGGAAUACCCCAAAUUGAAUUCUCCAUCUCUGACGGAGCAGGCAACUACUAAGGAAACAAAGCUAAAAAGGGAAUGCUCUGAAUUGAAUUCUCCAUCCAUGACACAGCAGGCACCUGCUAAGGAAACAAAGCUUAAAAGGAGUCAUUCUACUGAAGUUCAUUCUUCAUCUCAUACUUCCAAGAAGCCAGAAAGGAGGCUGUCUCUGAAUACCUCGCCAUCAUCUGCCUCCAGUAAAAGUUUCACCACCCACAAAGAAGAAAGAAGAAUCUCAGCUAAUAACCCAACAGUCAAUGUUCGGAAUGGAUCCAGCAAACUUUCCACACAUACCAAAGAAGAAAGGCCAAGUGAUGCAUUGGGAAGCUCCCCUACCUGUAGCAAUUCUCCUUCAUCUGUACUUCUACCACCCUCCUAUGUGACAGGGGACUCUGUUAGGGAUAAAUGUGUGGAGAUGGUGGCAGCUGCUCUGAGGACUGAUGGUGACCAUAUAGAGUAUGAAGCAAACUGUGACAGGCUUGCAUGGGAAAUCGAAGAAUUUAUAUAUAGAGAAAUGAAGGCUACAGAUAUGAAAUACAGAAACAGAAUCAGGAGUCGGAUUAGUAAUUUAAAGGAUCCAAAGAAUCCCAGUCUCAGACGAAAUGUCCUGUGUGGCAUCGUAUCAACACAGAAUAUUGCAACAAUGACAGCUGAGGAGAUGGCAAGUGAUGAGUUGAAGGAGCUCAGGAAUACGAUGACACAAGAAGCCAUUAGAGAACAUCAGAUGGCAAAGACUGGAGGAACUCAGACCGAUUUGCUUCAAUGUGAUAAGUGCAAGAAGAAGAACUGCACCUACAACCAGGUGCAGACACGCAGUGCAGAUGAGCCAAUGACAACUUUUGUACUUUGCAAUGAGUGUGGCCAUCGCUGGAAGGUUAGUAGUCCAGUUAAUAUCUUUGUAUCUUUACAUUUAUUUUCUUUUUAUCAUCUUCUAGGUCAGAGAUGGUGA